AAUAACAGCAUGAGGGCCUUUAUCGCGUUGUCGUUCGUCGCCGUGAUGAGCGCGGCUUCUGCGGCUCCCGGCGGUUGCUGUGGAGGAGGUGGAGGCGGUGGCUACGGCGGCGGAGGUGGUGGAGGAGGUGGAGGCGGCAGCGUUAUAAGCGCAAGACUCGUCGGGGUUGGAGAGCUUCCUGGCGGCGGACACGGCGGCGGAGGAUACGGCGGUGGCGGCCAUGGAGGUUCCGGAGGCGGCAGUGUCAUCCCCGGCCGACUCGUUGGCGUCGGCUCCCUGCCAGGCACCGGCGGAAGCGGCGGUGGAGGCGCUGGGGGCUACGGCGGCAGCGGCGGAGGCGGCCACGGAGGCUCGAGCGGGGCCAGCGUCGUCCAGGCUCAGUUGGUGGGCGUCGGCAGCCUUCCCGGAGGAGGCGGCGGCGGGUACGGCGGCAACAGCAUCGGCAACGGCGGCGGCGGCUGGUGAAGGGGAGGUCCUCACAGUC